AAUCUCAAAAUUCUGCGCUGUGUUUUUGCGGUCAAACUCAUCUGUGGACAAUCUCCAUCUUAGUAAAAUUUCAUAUUUGUUAGGUUUUUGAAGGUGUCAAGAAUCACAUUACUCACACUUUUGCUGUAGAUGAAUUAGUAUUCAUAUUUAGAAUUUGGAUAAUAAUUGGUUUGAAUAUAUAAAGAAACGUGUAUAUACCACGAAAUAUUACUUCUGCAUAAUGGCAGACACUGUCAAUAUGUCUUUAGAUGAAAUAAUAAAAAACAACAAGACUAAAAGAGGAGGAUCAGCUCGUGGUCGCGGCGGUGGAAGAGGUAGAGGAAGGGGUCGUGGUGGACGAGGUGCCGCUAACCGAGGGCGAUCACAGUCUCGAUCUGGAACGCCAAAUGGUCAACAGCGCUCACGCUCCCGUUCCAGAGGACCUAGAGGCUUAGUGCAGCCAAGGGGUCGAUCUCAGUCUCGAGGCAGAUCACAAUCCAGAAAUAGAUCGCGUUCACAGCAACGUCGUAGAUCAAAUUCUCGAGCAAGGUCAACAUCUAGAUCACGUUCCCAGAUCAGAGGCUUAACUCCUAAAGGAAGAGCGGGUCUUGAAAAUCAAGACAAUGAAAUGCCAAAACUUCUCAGAUUUAAUAGAGCAAAUAGAGGUGGGUUUCAAAUGCAAUUAAGGCGCUCUAAUUCUAUGUCUCGUUUGCAAAGUGGAAUUCAUAGCAGAUUGGGUUUGGUUAAUCGAAAGGGAAAUAUGAAUAACAAUUAUAAACCCCUGGCUGUUGCUAAGCGUGGUAUUGCAAAACGGGGCCGUGGUUUUACAACAAGAAAUAAAUACAGUAAUGUAGGUCUAAGAUCUGAUCAAAUUCUUCAUGAACAACAGAGAUCAAAUGUCAUAAGGUCACAGACAUUUACUCGGUCCAGAAACAACUCAUUUAAUGGAUCUGCUUCUCAACUUACAGUAAGUGUAGCUAAUGAUUUUGUUAAAAGGCGUAGAAACAGUGUUGGCAAUAGCAAUUAUUUAAGUAAGCAAACAUUAGCACAACUUAACAAUGAAUAUGGAGGUGUUCGUAAAAGAGGUGGACCAGGAAGUGCAAAAUCAGUAGGAUCAAACAGGUCAAAUGCAAGUAAAAGAUCAACACAGUCCCCAGGACGAGGGCGAGGUAGAGGGAGAGGUAGCAAUCGUGGAGUUGGAAGAAAGUUUGUAAACAAACAAAUUCUCAACCCAAAGUUACAGCAAGAAAUUGCUGCUAUUCAAGGUAAAAAUUAUGGAAGUAAUACAAUCGAAACUCCUGCAGGUGUAAAUUUCACACCUACUCCUGCUACAACACAACAACCAUUACAUCAGAGAUUUGCUAUGGCUUGAAGUGGAAAUAAAUCUAUUAAGCUUGAAUUUUCAGUUAUAACAUAACAUAUUCUGUUUAUAAAA